AUGAUUGUGCAAGAGCAAGAGCAAGAGCAUGGGGAGAAAAGGAGAAAAAGGAGAAAAGAAGGAGAAAUAACAGGAUUCAUGAGUUUCAUGCCCACAUUCGAAGAUGGAUUCAAAGUAAUCUAUCUCUACGAAAUCCAUCUCUCCGAAGAAUUACGCGGGUAUAUCCCCCUCUAUUACCCCGUCCUAUUUCCCUAUUUCCCUAUCUCCCUAUUUCCCCAUCUCUAUCUAUACAUUUACCUACUCAAAUCCUACACCUAAGCCCUACACCUACAUAAACACCAACCAACUAACUAACUCAAACACCAACAGCACAGGUCUAGGAACCCACCUCAUGACCCUCCUCACCAGAAUAUCCCACGCAAUUCCCGGCGUUGAAAAAAUUAUGCUGACGUGUUUUGUGGCUAAUAAAGAGGCGUUGGGUUUUUAUAAGAAACUUGGGUUUGAGGUUGAUGAGUAUAGUCCGGGACCGAAGAGGUUGAAGGGGAGGAGGGUGGUGCAGAGUGAUUAUGUUAUUUUGAGUAGGAGGGUUGAGGGGAG